CUGAGAUGGACGCGGGCGGCACCUGGGCGCUGCUGCUGCUGCUGCUGCUGCUCCUGCUGCUAGUGAAGCUGGUGACUCCGUCACCGUGGGGGACGCGGGCCCUCGGCCACCUGCCCCCAGGGCCCACACCGCUGCCUCUCUUGGGCAACUUCUUCCAGCUGCGUCCUGGGGCCAUCUACUCCGGGCUCAUGCGGCUGAGUAAGAAGUAUGGAGCCGUGUUCACGGUGCAUCUGGGCCCCUGGCGGCGCGUCGUGGUGCUGGUGGGCCACCAGGCUGUCCACGAGGCCCUGGGAGAGCAGGCUGAGGAAUUCCAUGGGCGGGGAAGGCUGGAAACCCUGGACCAGACGUUUGAUGGUCACGGGGUUUUCUUCGCCAACGGGGAGCGAUGGAGGCAGCUGAGGAAGUUCACCCUGCUGGCUCUGCGGGACCUGGGCAUGGGGAAGCGAGAAGGCGAGGAACUGAUCCAGGCGGAGCUGCGCUAUCUACUGGAGGCGUUCCAGGACACGGAAGGACGGCCCUUUGACCCCUCCCUGCUGCUGGCCCAGGCCACUUCCAACAUCACCUGCUCCCUGGUCUUCGGCCUCCGCUUCCCCUACGACGACAAGGAGUUCCAGGCCAUGGUCCAGGCUGCGGGGGAGACCUUGCAAGGCGUCAGCUCCCCAUGGGGCCAGGCUUAUGAGAUGUUCUCCUGGCUCCUGCGGCCCCUGCCCGGCCCCCACAGACAACUCCAGGGCCACUUGGCUACGCUGGCCGCCUUCACCGCCAAACAAGUGCAGAGACACCGAGACGUCUGGGAUGCCUCGGGUCCCAACCGGGACCUAGUGGACGCCUUCUUGCUCAAGAUGGCGCAGGAGGAAAAUGACCCAAGCACGGAAUUCACCGGGAAGAACUUGCUGAUGACGGCCACUUACCUGCUGUUUGCUGGGACGAAACCCAUCAGCUCCACCAUCUGCUACGCCCUCCUCCUGAUGCUGAAAUACCCUCACGUCCAAAAGCGUGUGCAGGAGGAGCUGGCACAGGAGCUGGGGGUCGGCCGGGCACCCAGCCUGGGCGACCGCGCCCGCCUCCCCUAUACCGAUGCCGUCCUGCAUGAAGCCCAGCGGCUGCUGGCCCUGGUGCCCAUGGGUAUCCCCCACACCCUCACAAGGACCACGUACUUCCGGGGGUACACUCUGCCUCAGGGCACCGAGGUCUUCCCUCUCCUUGGCUCUGCCUUGCAUGACCCCAACUUCUUCAAGCAACCCGAAGAGUUCAACCCAGGCCACUUCCUGGAUGCAGAUGGAAGGUUCCGGAAGCCUGAGGCCUUCCUGCCUUUCUCCUUAGGCAAGCGUACGUGUCUCGGGGAGGGCCUGGCUCGGGCCAAGCUCUUUCUCUUCUUCACCAGCAUCUUGCAGGCCUUCUCCCUUGAGAGCCCAUGCCCACCCAGUGCCCUGAGCCUCCAGCCAGCCACCAGAGGCCUUUUCAAUAUCCCUGCCGCCUUCCAGCUGCAGGUGCGGCCUGUCCACCUCCCCUGACGGAGGAAGAGGGUGAUGACAGGCGUGUGCUACUAGGUCCAGCUGCUUUCUGUGGAAGUGAAUGGAGCCCAUCUGGGAGCGUGAUGUGUAUGGACAGAUAACACACCCAUCUUCCGUGCCACGUGGUUCCGUGUGCUCACAACCCACAUGAACAACCUGCCAGCUUUCCAGGUCUCCUCACUGCCUUCAUAGCCAAUGAACGCCGCCAUGUCUGGGGGCCGGCCAUACAUGAGAAUACACACACACACACACUGCAAUCACAUCACACACUGUCCACAUACCGUGCCAUCUCUCUGCUGAGACCUGCUAGGACCAAUGAGGCAAUCCCCAGCGCCCCCACCAUGCCCUCUGACCAUCAGAAAAGACUGUUCUCAACCACCUUGAGUAACUCACUGUCCCAAAUACAAUUCUUUCCUUCUCUGCUAUUGUGCACAGAGAUCAUGGUGUG